AUUUCAGUACUUUAUAAAUUGUUUAUUGAGAGCUUGGAUAAAAAAGGCAACUUCGACGUUACCAUGUCGAUGUCGAAGACCACCAACACGUACAACCGGCAGAAUUGGGAGGACGCCGAGUUUCCCAUUCUCUGCCAGACAUGUCUGGGUGAUAACCCAUAUGUACGCAUGAUAAAGGAGCGAUUUGGAAAAGAGUGCAAAAUAUGUACACGGCCAUUUACGAUAUUUCGCUGGUGUCCAGGGGCACGUAUGCGCUUUAAGAAGACGGAGAUCUGCCAAACAUGUGCACGGUUGAAGAACGUGUGCCAAACAUGUCUACUGGACUUGGAGUAUGGUCUGCCCAUACAAGUUCGUGACGCUGCACUGAAGGUGGCCGACAACAUGCCACAAAGUGACGUCAACAAGGAGUACUAUAUUCAAAACAUCGAUGCGCAACUACAAGAUGGCGAUGGCACAGAGGCAGCGGGGGCAGUAGGACGGUCACUGGCCGCCAAUGAAAUGCUAUCAAAGCUGGCUCGCACCGCACCCUACUACAAGCGCAACAGACCACACAUCUGUUCGUUCUGGGUCAAGGGAGAGUGCAAGCGUGGUGAGGAGUGCCCUUAUAGACACGAUAAGCCCAACGAGCCCGAUGAUCCACUCUGUGAGCAGAACAUUAAGGAUCGCUACUACGGACGCAACGAUCCAGUGGCGGAGAAGAUUAUGAAGCGUGCCGCUUCGCUGCCUACUUUGGAGCCACCCGAAGAUCGGAAUAUAACCACACUGUACGUGGGCAACUUGCCCGAGGAAAUCACCGAGCCAGAGCUGCGAGAUCAAUUCUAUCAGUAUGGAGAAUUACGUUCCAUUGCGCUAGUGCCGCGUCAGCAGUGCGGCUUCGUGCAGUACACCAAACGCGGAGCUGCUGAGUUGGCCGCUGAGCGCACUUUCAACAAACUGGUGAUACACGGCCGCAAGGUGAGCAUCAAGUGGGCACACUCGCAGGCCAAACAAGGAACUGCUGCAAAAACUGACAGGCGAUUCGAUGUGGCUGGCAUACCACCCUCCACUGGAAAAGCUAACGACUAUUUCAAUCUGAGACAAGAGCAGAUCAAUGUUAUGCCAGCGGGCAUGAAGCUUCAUCAGCUCCCACCCAAUCUGGUCCCUGCAUCGGCCUACCAGAUGUACGCCCAGCCGACCUACGCUGCGCCCUACAGCGGACUGAGUGGACCCAGCACAAGCAGUGCGGCAGCUUCCAGCUCAACGAACAACUCCGUCUCAAGUGUCCAUCUCGACGCUAUACCACCGCCUCCUGGGCAAAUACCUUAUCCUAGUCAGGAUGCAAGCCGCAUGGGCGCACUAAAAAAGUAACAGUUGUAAAGGCGAUUUGACUGUUUUAUAAUGGGAAAGAAUAAUUGAACUUUUUAUGACACCAAACCAAUAAAAAAUAGAUGUGCAAAUUUAAAUAAGUGUUAGAAUUCAGUUUCUAAUAGGUAUAUGAAAAUGUGAAUUUCACUUGUAUAUCUGCAAUUAAUAAAAACAAGAAUUUUUUAACGACAGCAGACAA